AUUUUAUUAAUCUUCAAAGUAUGCACCCUUACAUCUGAUUCUUCAUCAGUGGACUCGCUAGACAGUUCCUCUUGUUGUCUCAUUCUGUGAACUGGUCUUCUUUUCUUUGCUGGGGUCUUGUUUGUUCACAGUAUUAGACAUUGCAUACAUCCUCUGUAGUAUUUUCGUUCUUUGUCACUUUUCCAGCAUUUUUUUUGCUUUAACAAACCGCUUGACGUGGCCCCAUUUCCCACAGCUGUGACAGUUCAAAUCCUUACACCUGCACGUCGUGGCCAGAUGUUCCAUUUUGCCACAGUGAUAGCAUGGGCCCGACCUAUUUUGUCUCUCUGUGCUCACUGUCUGCACCUCGCUAACUGCAUGCAGUUGUUGAGCCUCUUUUGAUGCCACUUCCAUAGAGACACUGAAGCUGAUGGCCUUCUUCAAUGUCAGCUCACUCACAGUCAGUAGUUUCCUCUGUGCUGCUUCAUCUCUAAGACCACAUACUAAUCUGUCUCUCAACGUAUCAUCUAAAACCGGUCCGAAUUUGCAAUGUUCCGCCAGUUUCCUUAGCGCGGCAACGAACAUAACUGAUUCCCCUUCCUCUUGGUCACGUGUAUGGAAUCGGAAUCGUUCUGCAAUUAACAAUGGUUUCGGUGAAUAAUGCUGUGACAAGACCUCAACUAUUUCCACAUAGGGCUUUUCUUCUGGCUUUGUGGGUUGUAACAAGUCACCUAAUAGACUGAAACUUUUUGGCCCCAUUACUGUUAUAACCUCCUGACACCCAAGGAAAAAAAGUUUCCUUCAAUUUUAGGUUACUUGUGAUUUUCUAUGUCUUUGGAGGAAAUAAGACAUCUUACAAUUUUGAUUUUUUCAAAUUUAUUUUUAUUUUUAAUUUCACACCAUGUCCUCUUUAGUGGACAACAGGACUUGUUUAAUGUGAAGAUAUCAUUGAAACUGGAAGUAGAAAAACACAAGUACCUGGCACUAAAUACCAAGGGGAGUACCGGCACCUGGUACUGAAUACUAAGGGGAGUACAAGUACCUGGCACUGAAUACCAAGGGGAGUACCGGCACCUAGUACUGAAUCCCAAAGGGAAUACAAGUACCUGGCACUGAAUACCAAGGGGAGUACCGGCACCUAGUACUUAAUACCAAGGGGAGUACAAGUACCUAGCACUGAAUAGAUAGGGGAGUACAAGUCCCUGGCACUGAAUACCAAAUGAACCACCGGCACCUGGUACUGAAUACCAAGGGGAGUACAAGUACCUAGCACUGAAUCCCAAGGGGAGUACAAGUACUUGGCACUGAAUAGAUAGGGGCAAGGCUGGACUGGCCAUCUGGUGUACCGGGCAGUGCCCGGUGGGCCGACACACAUUUUUGGGCCGGCCUGGGGGUGUCGUAAUUGACCCAAAAAAGUAUAAGUUAUUUUUAUCGACCACGAAGUCCCAUUGGUUGAUUUUCUUGAAGGACAUUGGAUUAAUCCAAUGAAAUCUCUCAGCCCUCCCCUUUACCAAGGUUAUCAAAUUUUGCCAUUUGAGCUGACCGGAGUUGGAGAGGAGUGGCUAUGGACAAACCAAAAAAGCGCAAGGGGGGCGCAGAAAAGCUCAGAGAAAAAAGGCAAAAGAGCCUUCAAGUGGACGCAGUAAAAUGCGCAAAACUUACCGAUAUGUUUGCCACCACAAGUUUUACUGCUGAAGCAGCUGGUCCAGGGCUGGAGGAGGAGGCAGAAUUAGCGAUUCAGGGAGAUACAUCGGAGGAGGAUGAUGAGGAUGAGGAGAGAGACGUGGCCCAUAGAAAGAUUGAGGAAGAGGUCAGAUUAGCUACUGUCCAGCCCGGUAAAAAGUAGUCGAAAUGUUAAUGAAGAGGGACGUUUCGUGUAGGGAGAGCAAAGGGCUGGAGUGUGUGUGUGUGUGUGAGAGAGAGAGAGAGAGAGAGAGAGAGAGAGAAAGGGGGGGGGGGGCAUGGGUUGCCUACACGUAAGCUUACACACAGUCAGAGUUAACAAUGACAAUGUUUUGGGAUGUGUGUAAUAAUAAUAGUGAAAUAAAACAGAAAACGUAAUAUAGGAAUUUAGAAGAGUUAGAAUUAGUACUGUGGCGACGAGCGGACCGAGGCACCGCGGGAGCAGAGAGAGACAGACGGACACUUUCCGGGGAGAACACGCUCUUUAUUGCUAAUCCUGAAAAAAGACUACAUCAGGUGGGAAUUGUGACACUGUGGCCAUCUCUCCCAAGAUGAAUCCCUGAGUAGUGAAAGAGCAUAAUAUUUUUUUUAACAUGGUUAUUCUUCCUUGUAGGCUGCUGCGCUUUAUUUUAAUUUUUGAAAUCACACACCGUUUUCUGUUCAUCUGAAAACAAAUUGAUUAGAGGGGGUUAGAGGUGCUUGUCUAUUUUUUCCCUUUGUUUAAUGGCAGCGGGCUAAUCCAACCAUUGUAUGUACUUAUUUUGAUUGACAUGUUACCGAAAAAAUACUGAAAAGGAAGUGGUAUAAACAAGACAUAUUAUUCAAACCAUCAGCGUACUCAUUUCCGUCAAACUUCCUCUGCAGGUCUCAUACGCAUCUGAAGCCUCAGAGUUACAUCAUAGCAAGUUAGCUUUUCAAUUUAUUAGUUCCGUAUUGUGCUCAAUCAGACUUGGGAGGAUCUUAACACUAAUGUCCUACAAGUGAGGAUCGGAGAUCAGGAACAGCCAGCCUCCCGGGGAUACCAGCGUUAAGGGACCGGCGACCCCCCGGCCCCCACCCCGCCUGUGAGCCACAGAGCCGCACGCCGCGCCCGUUUGCAAAAUGACAUGGUGUGAUUUCGUUUGCUGGAUCCAAAUGACCAUCUACAUCCCAACAUGCAUCACGGCCUUCCCCUUGAACCUGGCAGCCCUGUGGAUUCUGUUCUUCAAGAUAAGACGAUUCACAGAGUCCAUGGUCUAUUUGGCUAAUCUGGCGGUGAACAACUGUCUCUUUUUAUUCUCCCUGCCCUUCAAGAUUUAUGCUUACAAGAGGCCGUGGAAUCUUUCGCCAAAGUUCUGCUCGUUCCUGGAGAGCCUGGUCCUCGUGAACAUCUACGGCAGCAUUGCCCUUAUUGUGUGCAUUUCGGCCGACCGUUACAUCACGCUCCGCUACCCGUUCAGGAGAAGAUGGAUGCUGCGGUCGCCGCGCAUCGCUGUGGCUGCCUGCCUCCUCAUAUGGAUCGUAAUGUUUGUGGCCAGUAUCCCCGUCUACCGUUUGCACAAGAAAACUGAAUACUGCUUUGAGAACUUCACCAACGAAACGUGGGAUAAUGUCACCCUCAUAGUGUCCAUGGAGGUCACAUUCCUCAUCAGUGCCACCGCCAUGGCCCUUUGCUCUGUCAACGUCAUGCAGAUCCUGAGGGCCAUGCGUAAGAGGAACCCGGCAGACGCCAAGCUCAGGAAUAACAAAUCCCUGAAGAUAGUCCUGAGCAACCUUGUGACAUUCAUGGUGUGUUUCAUUCCUUAUCACAUCGCCGCCCUGCUCUUCUUUCUGGCUAAGAACUCCACCCUGCCCCAGAGCACCAUUGACCCUCUGAGGGACGUCUUUCGCGUAAGCUCCUGUAUAAGCAGCCUGAACUGCCUGUUUGACGGCGCCUGUUACUACUACACCCUGAAAGAGAACUGGAUGUCCAGUAAAGAGGAGAGAAAGCCGACUUCAUACAUUGCAACGCUGCCCCUUGACUUGCAGACGUCCACAGAGAGCCCGCUCCCUGCUCACAAGCCCUCCGUGAGGAAGAUGACCAGUCUGUCUGACUGCUACUGAGGAACGCAAACAUUAUGUCUCCUCAAUUUUUUUUGCACGCCCUUGUAAAAAAAUAAAAAUACUUUAUUUCUAUAA